AUGCGCAAUAAGGGUGGGAUUGCUAUAUACAUCAGGAACAAUCUUGCAGUAGAGGAUGUUUACCGCUCUAGUCUUUAUGAAUUAAUUUGUAUAACUCUGCGACUUCCCAAGGGACAUCGAUUUGUAAUAUGUGGAGUUUAUCAUCCUCCAAAAUUUAAUUAUGCAGAGAUCGAUCUAAUGAAUCAUCUUGUAAAUACCGUGGAUAAUGUACUAGACAAACAUCCACAAACAGUUGUGUUGUGCGGUGGCGAUGUCAACAAACUGGAUAUCAAACGCUUCGAAGAAAUGUCUGAUGCUAUUCCAACUCAAUGGAGUGUUAUAGCAGGUGAACACAAUUUAAAAGUGAAUGGAUCUCUCAAAAGAAGCUUGGAGAUUUCUAACAUCUAUCUUCAUCCAGAAUAUACAUCUAAUGCACCAACAUACGAGUUCCCGUCGGACUAUGACGUUGCCAUGGUCCUUUUGAAGCAGAAAUUGCUAUUAACAAGUUGUUCCUUUCCAAUAUGCUUGAUGCCAUACGAUGCACGUUUUCUCCCAGGCACAAUUUGUUACGUUACCGGGUGGGGAAGACUGGCAACUAACGGGCCUCAUCCAACGAUGCUUCUGGAAGCAGAGGUUCCACUCGUGUCGAGGGAAUUGUGUAAUACGCCGGAGAUAUAUAACGGCAUCAUACACGAAAGGGCUCUCUGCGCAGGUUCAGCUGAAGGAGGAGUGGGGCCGUGUCAGUUUGACAGUGGUGGACCGCUGGCGUGUCAAGAAAAUGGGCUAUGGUAUCUUUCUGGCGUUGUUUCAUGGGGAGUGGGUUGCGGAGAGCCUAAUAAAUUUGGAGUGUACAGUGAUAUGAGUGUUCUGACGGAUUGGGUGAAAGAUGUGAUUGCUACAGGUGGUAGUUUCAUUUAAAUUAAGUUUGAUAUCGCAUUGCCAGAAAAAAAAAAAAAAAAGAAACUUAUGUGACCUCCAACUGGCGUCGCCAAACCACCCCUGUCGAUCUGUGAUCAAAUCAGGGAUGAGAAAUGCGCUCAACCAUGAGGGUCUGGAUGGGGUUUAGUGUUGUUUGGCCUUUUUUUAAUGUUUAGUGAGGGUCUGGAUGGGGGUGCCUCGAAAACACUAAACAAAUGUAAGCGCAAAUGGCCUAAAAAAAGCGAAAGAUACUGAUGAAGACAAACGUGGACAUUCAAGAGACAAAUUUUCGGCAAAGGUCAACAGUGUACUCUCAGGUUUACAUUUCCUCACCUUGGGGAUUUUUCAAAAUAGUGAUCAGGGAAGUUCUACUUAAUUAAAAACAUUUAUUAGUCUUUUAGAAGUUCAGCUGAAUACAAAAAACAAGAGUUACCAUCACCUAAAUACACUCUGAAUUUUUUUUUUUUUUCUUAUUCUGAGUGCUGAAACAUGUGAUCUGCAAUAAUGAUAUUGGUAAAUUAAAAAUAUUUGUUUAAACUUACUGAUUUUGAAGUAAUUGAACUUCCCUUGGGUAGUUCUGUUGGACUUAGCACUGAUAAAAUAUAGCUUCUUGCAGACUCCGCAACUAAAUUUCAGCUCAUUAAGAGCUGAGCUACCAGCAAGCUUCCUCAAGUCUAAGAGAGAUAAAAGUAAAGACAUGUCAAUCAUUUUACUGUAACAAUUAUUGUACUAAUAAUCUUAUCUUCAAAUACGAUAUGAAAUUUAUAUGGAUGUGCCAACAUCCCAUUUUUUUUGUUAAUACUGCACCUCAAAAUGAAAG